UGUUUCCUGGGUCAGGCGGUGUCCCAGUUUGUGUCAAGACGCUCGUACACACGUGUUGUUUCGGUUUUCUUCUCAAACUUUGGUCCACUCCACAAACAGAUUGUUCAUCAGAACCAGCCGAAGAGAAGAGGGUAGCUGCGGAGACCUCCUGCCACCAUGGGCCCGCUCCGCUCAAAGAAGCGCCGGCCAACGUUCCGCCGCCUGCUGAAGACUAGCGGCAUGAAGCUGGAGAACAAGCUGAAGAACCGUCAGCUGAAGCAGGAGAAUGUCGCCAAGAAGCAACGCAAGGAGCAGAAGAGGCUGCGGCAGGCCAUGAAGGGCGCCACCCUACAGAUACCACGCCCCCUGGAGACGUACAGGAAGAGACCAGAGGAAGAGGAGGAGGAGGAGGAGUUCCUGGAGAGUCUGCCCACGGACAUGCUGGAUGAAGAAGACCUACAGCAGAUGACGGCCAUGGCCCGAAAAGCAUCCUUCAUCACCAGAGACCUGUCGUCCUGCGGCUCGGUGCACAGCGGCAAGAAGAGGGGCGCCGACGUGGUGCGCGGCUACGAGAAGGUCCCAAGGAAAAUGGCAAGGAUGGAGGAGAAGGAGGUGAUCCAUCUGCUUCCAUUUAAAGACAAAAGUGGUGUGAUCCCACGCAGCGUAGAGAGAGCAGCUAAACAGCCUCGAAAGGAAGAAGAAGAGGAAGAGGAGGAGGAACCUGCAGAGACGGCAGAGCCUGAGGAAGACGAGGGCGCGUCAUCGAGCUACGUGGAAAUGACUCCGGAGGAGAGGGAACAGUUCAGAGUUAACACAUUAAACAUGAAGAAGCAACGCAUCGCCACCCUGGCUUCAGCCAUCAUUUCAGAUCCACUAAACAACAUGAAGCGUGUGAAGGAGAUGCGGGGGAUGAUGAUGGAGGCUGACCCCUGCGUGGCGGUCUCGGUGAGGAAGAUGGUGAUGGUCUCUCUCACGGAGGUCUUUAAAGACAUCGCCCCCACCUACAGGAUACGACCUCUGACCGCUGCAGAGAAGAACACCAAGGUGAAGAAAGAGACGCAGCAGCUUAGAGAGUUUGAGGAAAGUAUUGUGAGUCAGUACAAGUUCUUUCUGGAGGACCUGGAACAGACCAUCAAAGACUGGAAGCAGAAGAAGAGGAAGCGCAGCCAGGCGGUGAGCGUCCAGUCAUACCGCGGUCUGGCUGAAGUCUCUGUCCGCUGCCUGUGUGAGCUGCUGCUCACCAUGCCACACUUCAACUUCCACAACAACAUCAUAGUCACCCUGGUUCCUCUGAUGAACGACCCCCUGAAGAAGGUGUCGGAUAUGUGCUGCGAUGCAUUCAGAAAGCUCUUCCAUGAUGACAGAGUGGGCGGGGCAUCGCUGGCCACAGUGCGGGUCAUCUCUGGUCUCAUAAAGAGCCUCAACUACAGCGUUAGACCUGAGGUGCUUCGUACUCUACUCAGUCUGAGGAUCAAGGAGGUGGAGAUGAGGAAGGACCUGGAGGCCACGGCACCAAAGAAGAAGUUCAUGACAAACAAAGAGAAGAAGAAGAACCUGUCCAGGAUGCAGAGGAAGUGGAAGAAGGCAGAGGAGAAGCUGGAAAAGGAGCUGCUGGAGGCCGAAGCAUCAGAGAGUAAAGAUAAAAAGAUUAAGCUGCACACUGAGACUUUGAACAUCAUCUUCCUGAUCUACUUCAGGAUCCUGAAGAAAGCUCAGAAAUCUGUUCUCCUCCCUGCCGUCCUGGAAGGGCUUGCCAAUUUUGCCCAUUUGAUCAACCUGGAGUUCUUUGAUGACCUGCUGAAUGUGCUGCAGAACCUCAUCCAAUCAGGAGAUCUGACCAAUCGGGAGAGCCUCCACUGCAUCCAGACAGUCUUCACCAUCCUGUCUGGACAAGGUGACGCCCUGAACAUCGACCCUCUGAAUUUCUACUCUCAGCUUUACACAAUUCUGAUGCGGCUGCACGCGGGGGCGCCCAAUGAGGACAUCAUCAUUGUGCUACGGUGUCUGGACGCCAUGUUGACUCGUCGCAGGAAGCAGGUGACCCUGCAGAGAGCCAUGGCCUUCCUCAAGCGGCUGAGCACGCUCAGCCUGCACGUCCUGCCCAAUGCCAGCGUUGGAAUCCUUGCAGCAAACCGAGCCACCAUGCAUUCAUUCCCCAAAUGCGACAUCCUUUUGGACAACGAGAUUCAGGGCAGUGGCUUCUACCUGGCAGAGCUGGACGAGCCUGAACACUGCAACGCUCAGAACACUGCACUCUGGGAGCUUCACACUCUCCAGAGGCAUUUCCACCCGGUUGUACGGCAGUUUGCAGCUCAUCUGAGUCGUGGAGCUCCCAGCGAAGGCUCGGCAGCACUGAGUAUGGAGCUCUGCCGCAGGUCUCCACUGGAGCUCUUUGAAGACUACAGUGUCAAAGACAUGACCUUUAACCCGCCCGUGGCUUCGCCCGCCUCCAAGAAGAAGGAUCAGUUUGUAGAUGGAGCGAUGCUGCUGGACGACGAGCUGCAGAAACGCGUGGAGAGCAUCCUGAGUGCUGCCGAGGACACACACCUGGACUUCACUGCAACACACCACUGACUGUCACGGCGAGGCUCCAGCUGGCUGCUGACCAACAGCAGAGAGAGCUAGAUUUCUGUCUGUCACACAGGAGAGACAUCAGCGAGGAGAAACACAUUUGUUCUUGUCUAGAACAUGUUCAGGUUGGGGGGGACGUAGAAGCGUAAGACCUGGAGCUGCUUUCAGAAUAAAGCCUUGCAACAUU